CCAUGCGAUGCGCGAGGGGAUUCUUGUACUUCUCUGCCUGCCUGCCCGCCUGCCUGCCUGUGUGCUAUCUCUCUCUCAUCUGCUCUCGGGCACUCUUUUUCCACGGGUGCACCAGUGGACAGAUCGAGGGACGCACAAAGAAGAGCAGCGCUAGGCGAUAGGUCGGUCAUAUGCGCACACAAUGCGUGUGCUGCGUGGAUCUGCGCGCAUGCAUGGAUGUCCGCAUGAGAGCUCAGUCAGUGUGUCCUGUCGACUUUGUUGAGGAUGGACGUGAGCAGUCCCUUCAUCACUGGCUGGCCCUUGCGCGUCUUCUGAUACAACAACCUGACACACACACACACAGCACCAUCACGCGCACACACAAACAAAUGCACACAGAUGCUGCCGCACACGUUAACAUGGCUGGCUGUCUGGUUCUUCCAUCUCACUUUUUCUCUCGGUUCCGCCUGGCAACGCUCUCCUUGUGACGCUGCUCGCGCUCUCGCUAACGACACCCACACACAUACAACACACAUCACGCAAGGAACGGGUGACAAGUAUGUAUCUGCUUACCCGUUCUUUCUCCCUCUCCUCCCGCUGCCGGGCCUCCUCAGCCUGAUGACAUGACGGGCACACAGAGUCGAUGGCACCCUCUUCCUGUCUGCCUGCAUUGCGGCGGCCGUACAUACAUACCUUCCGUUGGUUGAGCUGCAUGAUGGCCUUGGCAUAUGCCGACCCCUUCCCACCGUCCUUCAAGCCACCCUUGCCCUUCCUCCGACCCCUCCUCGGCACACUCUCAUCAGCAGCAGCAGGAGGAGAGGGUGCCUCGGCUGACAUGUCACGGGCUUCCUGACGGCUUGAUGGCUCAUCAUGAUCCCGAGCCCUCUUCUUGCCUCGAUGAGCGGUGGCCCUAUCGUCAUGAGCUGGAGAGUGGUGUUCCACUGGUGCAUCAUCUGGGGCAUCGGGCUCGGUCUUGUCGACGGUUGCUGGUGGAUGGGGAGGGGUGUGGCGGCCCUUGGGGUCGAGAAGGCGCCGCUCAUAGUCCUCCUCGAGCUCUUCCAGACUCGCCGCAGAGAACACCUGACACCCAAACACACCAGUCAGAAACCGAUGUGCAUGAGUCAACCAACAGCCAGAUUGAUCAUCGUUCGUGUGUGGAUCUGAUCUGCUGCUGACCUUGUCAUAGAAGCUGGCAGAGGCCUUGCUCGUCGAUGCAUGUGUCGUGUCGGCAGUGGACGGCACGGCCUUGUGUUUCUUGAGGGCCCUGAGCGCCUUCUUGGCCUUGAAGUCCUUGAUGCUCUUCUGCACACUGCUCUGGGAAACCCACUUGCCGCGGCUCUUGGCUGUUGGCUUCUGGUACACCACCUUCGAACUGCGGCUGGAGCGCAUCUUCGCCG